UCAAAAUAUGUGGGAGAAGGAAUGUCAGCCGCCGUCACGGGGCUUGCCCUGGGUGGCAUCAUCCUUGUACUCAGUGGCAUAUUACUGGACGGCGAUCUGACGCAGCAGUUGCUGACUUUCAAUCACUCCAACUUCUUUGUGUUUUUCUUGCCGCCCAUAAUAUUAUACGCCGGGCUGUCAGUCAGAAAAAAGGCAUUCUUUCGCAAUCUACCCACGAUAGCAAGCCUGGGAAUCUUGGGAACCUAUAUUGCUUUUGCAGUCAUCGCCGUCACUCUGUACGGCUUCUCAAAGUUCAUCAACAUAACACUCGCGGACUGUUUGGCUCUGGGGGCCAUAUUUGCCACCACGGACAGUGUGGCCGUGCUGCAAGUGCUUGAGCAAGACCGGGCGCCGCUCCUGUUCAACAUGGUCUUUGGGGAGGGCGUCAUCAAUGAUGCCACCACUGUCGCGCUGCUGCGCACUGUGCAGCGCCUGGGCGAGACACCACAGAUGAACGCGGCAACAGUGGGCAUCAUAUUCGGCAAAUUUCUGUACCUUUUUGCAGCAAGCCUGCUGCUGGGCCUAGUCUUUGGCCUCUUCUGUUCUCUGCUCCUCAAGAACUUCAACUUAGUCUUAUGGGCAGACUUCAACCUGUCCAUCACCAUGGCACCUGUAUCUACCAUGACAACAUGCCCCCAUGAAUUGCAGGCGGUGGGAAUAGUGGGAAUGGUGGCUUAUCUGAGCUACCUAGUGGGUGACUACACGGGGCUGAGCGGGAUAGUGUCGCUCUUCUGCUGCUCUGUCACAAUGAGCCACUAUGCACUGCACAACAUCACCAAGCAGCAGAGGGCGGCGGUCCUCAGCUUCUAUGAAACAAUCUCCUUCAUGUCGGAGGGCAGCAUCUUUGUGUACGUGGGUUUGGAUGCUCUUGAUCCUCUCAAAUGGAAGGUGAUGCAGAACACAUUUGUGGGGCCGGCGAUGGCGCUGUUUGGCAUCAUAAUGGUGCUGCUGCUGGUGAGCCGCGGGGUGUUUGUGUUCCCCAUUCUGGCCGCCCACAACUACUGGUCCAAGGAGAAGCUGCCUUUCCGCCAGAUCGUCGUUGCCUGGUGGGCGGGGGCGAUGCGCGGGGCGGUGUCAGUGGCGCUGGUGUACCUGUACUAUGACCCAGAUGGCACGACAGUGGACCAGAUGAAGUCAUCACUCAUCAGCAUGACGCUGACAGUCGUUUUAUUCUCCACCGUCGUC